CAAAUUAAAAAAAUUGCAAAUAUUUUUAUACUGUUAAAUAUUGUCAGUUAAUUACUUGUAAAUUUCACACUUCACUUGAAUAUUAAUCAACUUCAGAGUUUGGUUUUACCGAAAAUGGAGCUUCCUCACGAAGAAAGGAGCGCGCAGCAGAUCGCACUAAAUAAUCCGAUUAUUUUGACGGAAAUAUUGAAAAAGACCUCCGCCCCUUUGUUAACUUGUCGACUCGUUUCCCACUUCUGGAAUGAAGUGGUCCUCUCCCUUCCAAAUACGAGACUCUCGCUAAAUCUUCACCACAAGGACGAACGUUUCCCAAACGAUCCUGUCCCAUUUCUCGCACUCUGUUUCAAGAUGGAGGACCGACUCGCGAAACGGAUAAACGCCACGUGCUCCGCCCGUUCCUUAAACCACAACGUUUUCAACAACUCUUUCUCCGCCAAACUUAUCCACGUUUGUGACAAAUUUGGCGACCUGGUCGGAGUUUUGGACAUUUCCAUCCUAUUUGAAGUCUGUCUUCCAGCGAUUUACCAAAUCCUGCAAAAUUGCUGUCCGAAUUUGAAACGGUUGCGAAUUUCCGGCACAUUCACGAAGUCGAAUACUUCUGGCAAGCAGGAAACUCUGCAACGCUUCCCACCAAAAGAAAAAUUGACCAUUUUCACCCUAACUUCCAAGCUGGUGACCCCAUUUCUCACCCUAUUUGUCGAGGAGGUCGUCAAAGUCUCGCCAAAUUUACAGGAGGUCACAAUUCCAUGGGGAUUUUACCCAAAUUUCGCAAAUUCUAAAUCCCUCUCCUCCCUAAUCAUCGCAUUGCACAACGUUCGUCCUCUCGACAUCGCUCGCGCCAACGACCAGCUUUCAAACCUGUCGAGAAUCUUGGGUCAAGUCGGUGAUCAACUCGUCACCUUAUCUUUUGGCUGUGACGACGAUAAGUUCAACAUGGAGUCAGCGGAGUUCGAUUUCUUCAACAAUUCUGCAUUCUAUUUGCCCAGAAGGAUGUCGAAAUUACAAAAUUUUCGCAACGAUAUUGUCGACAUUUUGGAGUGUAGCGACUACUUGCAAAAUGCCACCAGCCUGAAAACACUCGUGAUUGGGAAGGCAUUUACCUGGUCCAAACGUCUGGAUGAAAUUUUGAAAAACAUUUUCGACACGAAAAAAAUCUUUGGAAACGUGACGAGUUUAAUGAUUCGCGAGAUCCACGAUCCGGCAUUUUUGGACGAAUUGAUGACAGCGUUUCCAAACGUGGAGAAGUUUGAUUUGGAUACUUAUCAAAGAACGGACUGGCGUGGGGGCGUAAGUGGGAUGGAGUUGGGCGUGGUUCUCAAGGCGUGUGUGGGUUGGAAGGCUUUGAAACAUUUUGACAUUGCGGUGCCCACGUUUCCGAAAGAAAUCGAGGAUGUUAUCCAGACUUUGUUGGAUGCUAAGGAAUUGUACAAAGGCUUGAAAACGUUUGAAAUUAUGGCGCAUCGCGAAAUAGUGCGCGCCAGGCUGUUCGCGGACGAGAUGGAGCAGCUUAAGCAAGUUCUCGUCGCGAUGGAUGCAGUUGAGGACAAGGUCAUCAUCGAUAACAUUUAUUUUGGAGAAGAAUCUGUGAAGAAAAUAUUGAAUUUUAUACGUUCAAUGGAUAUGAACAUGGCCAAGUUCGCGAUUUUUCGUAGGGGGGCAUAUAAAUAUUAAAGAUUUGACGAAGCGACGACUUCCCGAAUAGCAUUUGUGGAUUUCUUACACAAGUUUUGUAAAGUUUACACAUGCAGGA